GCGGCCGGUACCGGGCGCGGGAUGACGCACUUCCGGCGGGGCUGCGCUCUGAUUGGCUGCGCGGGCCGCCCCUUCCGGCGGGGACGGCGGGGACGGUCAGUGAAGCGCGGAGCCAUGGCGGGCCGCAGAGCUGCCAUCAAGGCCAUCGACUGGGCGGCCUUCGCCGAGAGGGUGCCCCCCGACCAGAAGGCCAUGUUCAACGCCCUGAAGACCCGCAGCGACGCCCUGUCUGCCCGGUUGGCUGCCCUGCCAGAGAAGCCCCCAGUCAUUGACUGGACUCACUACAAGGCAGUUGUUGCCAAAGCUGGCAUGGUGGAUGAGUUCCAGAAGAAGUUCAGUGCACUAAAGGUUCCUGAGCCUGUGGAUACACAAACUGCCAAAAUUGAUGCCCAGGAGCAGGAAGCUGCAAAGAGCACAGCUGAGUAUGUUCAGGCUUCCAAAGCCCGCAUCGCCCAGUAUGAGCAGCAGCUGCAGAAGCUCAGAAGCAUGAUUCCCUUUGAGCAGAUGACAAUUGAAGACUUGAACGAUGCCUUCCCUGAAACCAAGCUGGACAAGGAGAAAUAUCCCUACUGGCCCCACAAACCCAUUGCUGAUCUGUAAACAGUUGGUCUCACAGCUGUCAGACUCGAUGAUUGUUUAAAUAAAGUGCUUUCCCUCCUGCCCGGGGCUCAGACCCUAGCCAAGGGGUUGCAGGGUUUUGAGGGAUAUGGAGCAAUGCA